AUGUGAUGGAUCGAGCCACUGCUGGAACGCAUAGCACAGAAGUCGACGAACGUUGUAACGCCAGUGAUCGAUACAAUAGACCUAGAGACACUACAGUAUCAUUUGUCCAGCCAUAACAGACUAAGCGUCGGCGGCUUCAACUGGGGGCUUGUUUUUAACUGGCACAUACUGCCGGAUCGUGAUUAUUUGGCAAUGAAAUCACGCAUCGAUCCCGUGCCUUCUCCAACAAUGGCUGGUGGAUUAUUUUCGAUCGAUCGUGCCUACUUUGAGAAACUUGGCGGCUAUGAUCCGGGUUUUGAUAUUUGGGGCGGUGAAAACCUGGAGAUAUCAUUUAAGAUCUGGAUGUGUGGAGGGCGCCUGGAAAUUGUUCCGUGUAGUCAUGUUGGCCACAUUUUUCGUAAAAAAUCACCGUACAAAUGGCGAUCUGGUGUAAAUGUGUUGCAAAGGAAUAACGUAUGGUUAGACGAUUACAAAAACAUCUAUUACGAUCGGAUCAAUUAUAAAUUGGUAACUUUUGGAUUAUUUGGCUUUUGUGUCAUUAAUUUUGAUACUUUGAGCAGCCAUAAUUUGAAGGUUAUGUACACUUGCGCACUAGGAGAUUUCGGUGAUGUAUCAGAGCGAAAGAGAUUACGUGAGCGUUUGAAGUGCUCUUCAUUUAAAUGGUACUUGGAUAAUGUGUUCCCCGACCUAUUCUUACCAACAGAUGCUAUUGCUAGAGGAGAGGUAUGUAGCACAUACUAUUCGUUGAUUCUGGUGACGGGUUCCCGGAUGUGUUUCAGUGCCGGUCAGCCCUGCAGUAAAAAGCUUUCUACAGUCUUGCUAGUAAGUGGUUGUUGUUGA